AAUAGUCCCCCAAAUCGACUACGCGUAACCCCAUAAAGAAGAAUUAAAGCAUAAUUCCAACCGAAAAGCAAACCUAUACAGACAAAUUGCAAGACUGAAAAAGUCGAUAAAGAAAAAGAAAAAGAAAAAGAAAACAAAUAAAGUUAAAGUUAAUAAUAAUAAAGCUAAAUCCAUGUCUUCCCCAAUUCACAUUUCCAUUCAUGGAGGUUUUUCUAACUCUGUAUGUUUAACCAAUUUGAAUACCCAUUUCUGAUUUCUCUCUUUUUCUCUCUAGAAAAAUGCACCAUUGUUUUUGAUUCUUGAAGAAGGUUGUUUCAAGGGAGGGGAUACUAACUUUGGUAUGAAUCCGAUUACGGCUGAGCAAUUGCCGCCGCCGCCACAACCACCGCAACCUCACCGGUUAUCUACUAGCUGUGACCGUCAUCCUGAUGAGCACUUUACUGGGUUUUGCCCGUCUUGUUUAUGUGAGCGUCUGGCGGUUUUAGACAAAUCGUCCUCCGCCGCUGCUUCCGCUUCUACGGGUCGUAAAUCUGCUUCUUCGGCUAUUAAGUCUCUGUUUAAGCCUAAUAACGAAAACACAUUACGGGGUCGCGCCAGUUCGAGCUCAUUUCUUCCUGAGCUUCGUCGAACUAAAUCGUUUUCUGGGGGGAAAAACGAAGGGGGUUUUCUUGGGUUUUCUGGGGUAUUUGAGCCUCAACGAAAAUCAUGUGAUGUUCGUGGGAGGAGUACUCUUUUCUCUCUAUUUUCUCAAGAUGAUGUGAAGCGUAAUCCUGUAAUUAAUGAGAAUGAGGCUUCUACUUCUGUUGUGAUUGAUUUCAAGGGAGAGGAGGAAGAAUUUCAUGAUAAUGAUAAUGGGGUUGAAAUCCAGGUUCUAGAAGAGGAGAAUGAAAUUGUUGAAUGUAUUAAUGAUAACAAUACAUGCUCUAAUGAAAUGAUUUCAGGUCAGAAAGCUGAUUUGAAGCCAAUGAAGGAUCAUAUUGAUCUAGAUUCUCAAAAUAAGAAGGUGGGUAGUAAAGAUUUGAAGGAAUUAGCGGGUAGCUUUUGGUCUGCAGCUUCAGUUUUCCGCAAGAAAUUAAGGGGUGCUUGGAGCAGGAAGAACAAGCUGAAAAAACACAUGAAUGGGUCUCAUAGUGUACAGGUAACUGUGAGUGGGAAAAAGGGAAAUGCAGGGAGGAAUUACAGAGAUACUCAAUCUGAAAUUGCUGAUUAUGGGUUUGGAAGAAGAUCUUGUGAUACUGAUCCUAGGUUUUCUCUUGAUGCUGGAAGAUUCUCGGUCGAUGCUGGGCCUGGAAGAUUCUCCAUUGAUGCUGCUCGAAUGUCAUUUGAUGAUGUCAGGUAUUCUUUUGAUGAACCUCGAGCUUCUUGGGAUGGUUAUUUGGUUGGCAGGACGUUUCCCAGAACGAUUCCUCCCAUGGUUUCAGUUGUGGAGGAUGCUCCUGCUCCUGUUCUUGCUCCUGUUCCUGCCAUGGCGGUUUCAAGAAAAGAUGGUCAAAUCCCAGUUGAAGAACCCAGGAGGAGUUCUGUUUCCAUUAAUGGAGAUGAACCAAUUCCUGGUGGAGCUUCUCAGACUAAGGAUUACUACUCCGAUUCAUCGUCGAGGAGGAGAAGGAGUCUUGAUAGAUCAAGCUCGAUUCGAAAAACAGCGGCUGCUGUAGUUGCGGAGAUGGAUGAAUUGAAGAACGGUGGCGAACCGAAGAUUCCGCCUCCUUGUGUAGAUUACUUACCUGGGUCUAAAGUUGUUAAUGGUGAUAGGGAUUUUAGGGAAUUGGAUUUGAAUUUUAGUAAUUCUAAUUCACUUAGAGAUGAUUAUUCUGAGAGAUUUGAUUUGGGUUUUAGGGAUAAUGCAUCUGUGAUGAGUGGUAAGUUUGAUAGAAAGGGAUCAUCUAAGAAGUCUAGUAGAUGGAGGGCAUGGAACAUUUGGGGUUUGAUCUAUCGUCGAGGCAAUUCUAAGGACGACGAUGAAGAUAGGUAUAGUAGGUCGAUUUCAAAUGGGGUGGAACGAUCAUACUCCGAGUCUUGGCAGGAUUUGAGACGAGAAGGUUAUGUCGAUCCAAGAGGGGCGGGUUUUGGUCGGAAUGUGUUUCGUAGUAAUAGUAGUGUUAGUUGGAGAAACUCUUAUGGAUCCUUAGGAAGCAUUAGGAAUGGUGCAAUUGAGUCUAAUGGUCAUGGAAGGAAGAAGAAGGAUGAGUUUGUAUUGGAACGAAAUCGGAGUGCUAGGUAUUCUCCUAAAUCUAAUCAUAGUACCGAUAAUGGAAUGUUACGGUUCUAUCUUACUCCGAUGAGAGGUAGUCGGAAGGGUGGCUCAGGGAAACCUAAGCCUACAUACCCACAUUCUUUUGCUAGGAGUGUGCUAAGGUUCUACUAAGUCUUUGGUGGUGUUUGGCAAACCGAACGGUUGAUAGCUGAUAGUUGAUUAGAGUGAUAGAUUUGACGGGCUGAUUUCAUCUUAUUUGAUCCAACACGCCCACCAACCUCCUCGAAUCAGUUAAGUCACGAAACAACCAUAUGAAUUAGCUAAUAAUCCCGACCAGCUAAAAAACCCAAAUAAGCUAAGUUACUAAACACCCCAUUAAUGUACCCUUCUCAUUAAUGCCUACAAGUUAAGAAUUUCAAAUUCAUGUACAAGAAAACAAAUCAUGUGUAUCCUUGAGUUUAUUAUGCUUAAUAUUUUAAAAGCACCCUUUGAUUAAAGAUCCAAGUUGGAUGAUCUUAGUCUUACAUUGUGCAAUCACAAAAAAUUGUUGUAGAUUCUUUAUUGUUGGUAUGAAAGCUGAAAAGUGCCUCUCAUAAUCACUAAUCCUUGAAUAAAACAUUGGGCAUGGAGGGGCUUAAUUCUGUCCUGUCUUGUAUGAUGAAAUUUCAGUUGGUUCCACUGAGAAAGGUAUUUCAGAUGUUAGGUCACAAAUUGGACUGUCCUUAUGUGGGCACUCUUCUGCCUCUAGUGUCCAUCUUUUUAUCAUUUAUUAUACUUGUCUGUCCCGCUUAAGGCUCUAGCAUUGCUAUCAAUGUCCUGUACUCGUGCAUCGUAAAUAUGUUUAUACUUGUGUUUAGGUACCUUAGUCGAUAUCUUACUGGUGCGGGACAUGCAUUUUUGUUGUAUGUAUGUGGUGAAAAUCAUCGGAAAUAAUCUUUUCAUUCUCA